ACCUGAAAGAUCCCUACCCCAUUCUUGUCGCUAUCGCAAGAUUCACAUAUUUCCACCAACAAAAUGUCCGCCUCUUCCCCAUACACAGAAUCUGAUAUCAUCGCCCUAAUAACACAAUACUACCACCUCCUCUUCCAACUCCAUUACAUCUCCCCCUCUUCCGUCUCUUUCCCUCCGCCCACUGGCCGCAUCCUCAACCUCCAACUCUGCCAUUCCCUUUACCUCACACCAGCCGUGAUAUCGUUGAUGCAGCAUCUUCCUUGCCCUCGCGACGAGGGUAUAAUGCUCGAACACGAUAUCUUCAUCCCUGGAAGUUUUGCGAAUAGUUUCGUCAACGACAGAUUUAUAAAAUUAGGCAGAGAUCCGGAAAUUGGUGAAAGAGAUAACUUUUUGAAAAGCACAGAUAUCGCGUUGAGUAUUAUGGGAGAUGAGGGAAGUUUUAUUGUGUUGGAUACGGAGAAAAAUACGAUAAGGGUUUGCGAUUUCAAUGGUCCUGUGGACGAGGAAGAUGAUGUUGAUGGAGGGAAGGAGUUGCGAUAUGAUUUCGACCCUGCAUGUCCUUCUGAUCACUAUACGAGGUUUCCCGUCCGAGAUCCCGUGGUGUUUUUGCAGGGUUGUAUUGAUAAAAUCAAACGCUUGGAAUGGAUUCCUAGGAAAAUUCAUGGUAUGGGUGUUAUCUCGACGGGUGGUAUUGAGUAUGAGAGAUUAAAGAAGAUCUUGAUAGAGGAGUAUGGAUGGCCGAAUGACUUCAAGCAAGAGGCGUGGGAAAAAGAUUGUGAAAGAUUUGGCGUGAUAAUCAAUGCUUAAAUUUGGAGGCUUGGGCUUCGGACUCCUCGACUGCACGAGAGCUUUUCUGCAAGAGCUAGUGGAAAGCGCUCAAGACAUUGUCCGGAUCGCAAUGUAUCUCAUGGGAUGGAACGCUCGAAGGAUUCGCAAAAACGAUACCGGAACUUCGGAAAAACAAGCUUUCUUGCAUAUGUCUGUCACAAAGUACAGAUCA